AUGAAUCCUGAGUGGUACGUAACCUCCGCGCGAAGCCCACCGCCACAGGCCGACGAAUACGACUACCUCUUCAAGCUCCUCCUCAUCGGUGACUCUGGUGUCGGAAAGUCCUGCUUGCUGCUCCGUUUUGCCGACGACACAUACACUGAGAGCUACAUUUCGACCAUCGGUGUCGACUUCAAAAUCCGAACGAUCGAGCUCGAUGGCAAGACUGUGAAGCUACAGAUUUGGGAUACCGCUGGUCAAGAGCGUUUCCGAACCAUUACUUCCUCCUACUACCGUGGCGCUCACGGCAUCUGCGUCGUCUACGAUGUCACCGACAUGGACUCAUUCAACAACGUCAAGCAGUGGCUGCAGGAGAUUGACCGAUAUGCUACCGAGGGCGUCAACAAGCUGUUGGUCGGUAACAAGUCCGAUAUGGCGGACAAGAAGGUUGUUGAGUACACCGUAGCAAAGGAAUUCGCAGACAGCCUUGGCAUUCCAUUCCUCGAGACCUCCGCAAAGAGCGCCACCAACGUUGAGCAAGCUUUCUUGACCAUGGCCCGCCAGAUCAAGGAGCGCAUGGGUACCACAACCGCCAACACCAAGCCCACAGUCCCCAUCGGGCAAGGCCAGGGUGUGCAAAGCGGAUCCGGAGGCGGCUGCUGCUAG